AUGAAGAAAACAGAACACAACGACAUUUCUGAGGGAGCAAACGACACAGACGAACUAGAAUCGAAUGGCAGACAGGGCAGCACCAGUCCUGCGAGAGCAGUCGACGAGGUGUCUGCGAUCCCUAGAAGAUCACAUGAAGGCGUUGGGAAACUCGGUGGACGGAGGCACAGUCGCCGCCAGUCCUGCGAGAGCAGGUCGACGAGGCUCACGAUUUUGCUUCAUUGCUUCGCUAUAUCACCCCUCAUCGCCGUCGACGAAAUGCUUGUACGCGUUAUCCACGCUAUGUUGGAAGCUUGA